CAGGGUUUUGCGUCCACACCUGCCGCCGCCGCGAUGUCCGACAACCAGAAGAUCAAGAAUAUGCUGCUGAGGCUCGUCGACUCCGACAGCGACAGCGACAGAUGCACCACCAAGCCGCCUGCGAGCGGCUCCGAGAAAAAUUCCCCUAAGAAAUCUGUGAUUCCUCUCCGGCGACAAGCAGUCUUGGCGGCGGCCAAGAGGAAGGCGGCGGUGGGAUCUGAUGAUUCCGACGACGAUUCGCGUGAUCGGCGGGGCAAGCGAGCAGGAGAUGGUGACUCGGACGAAGACUACAAAACAAUGAAGUCGAAGAAAAGGUCGCGGUCGUCGUCAUCGCGUACAAAGUCGACGUCGCACGCCAACGGGUUGGCUACCGACUCUGCCACGCCACCGGCAGCCCUCACAAAAAAGGAGCGCGAGGCGGCCAGGCGUGAACGAGAUAACAAGCAGAAACGCGACAAACGUGCAGCCGCGAAAGCUGCGAACGAGAAGCGACCGGACGAUCGGACCGUCAAACCUCAUGCGAAAUCGUCCAAGGCGGCAUCGACCCUUGUGGAGAAGAGUGCGCAGAAAAAUGCAAUGGCUACUGCGAUGCUCAUGGCACGGAGCAAGCCCGAGACUUCAAAGGACUUGGCGCGGUCGAUACGUACGAAGGACAAGCGAGCACGGCUCGUCGACAGGCAAGAUGGCGCGGCGGUGCGAAAGAAGAAGCGGCCGCGUGCCGACUCGGACGGCCACGGAACCACGGACAAGGCGUCGGAGGAAGCGUCUGCGGAGGAGGAGCGACCAAGGACCUAUCCUGACAUCACGAAGGAGGCAAUACAUCUCCGACCAGUCCAUUCUAAACCUGAUAAAGAUGACGCAAGCGUCGAACGGCGGCUCUCGGAAGAUCAAGCGGACUCGACGAAGACGACGCGGCAAGGACAUGAGGAAGUACCCGUGCCGCAGCAGGACGUCGCCGCCGUCGACACCAGCCUUUGCACGGCCCAGGCACGAGGCGAGUGCCCUUCGACUCUUUCCGAAUCCACAGACGCUUUGCCAGUGGAAGCAUCUUCAAGCGCCAUGCCAAACAAAAACGAUGCAGCAAUUGCCGCGGUGACUGCGAACCAUACUGUGUCCACCGCCGACGACAGCGUCGACUCGGCCACGGCAGUGCCGGAGACGGCGGCUCCGCAGGGUGCAUUACCCGAUCUCAUCGAGUCUGUCGAGGAACAGCUUGAGCGACCACCGGAAGAAAAUCCGCCACCUGGCGACACCGACCCGACAGCGGCUGGAUUGCCCGAGAGCACCCCACGUGAUGAUAGAGUGGACUCUGUGGCGGCCACGUCGCCAGCAGAAGAGGGUGAAGUCGCGGCCAGUGACGGCGCUGUUAAACCCACCAGCCCGUUCCCAGCCAUCGAGUCGACCGAGCCGCUUCGUUCAUCCGCCACUUUGUCGAGCGGCGAGCCGGCGUCCGUGCUUUCAAUACCGUCGAUGUCCCCGCGACCGACGACCUCCGAACCCGCCACGGCGGUUGCUGCAGUCCCCGCUCCGUCCCCUUCCAUGGAAACCUUUGUCAUUCCCAAACGAGACACCAAACCUGACCAUGCCGAGGCGCUGGAUCCAAUUCCGCGCCGCAACGUGGCCGCUCUAUCUAGUCAGCGGCGCCCGUCGCCGCCGCCAUCGUCACGCCGCCAGUCGUCGCCACCCCGUCGAUCGACCCAUUCCAGGGGAAAGGGUCCGCACGUCAACACGUACAUCCCACCGCCGCCAUCCCAUCCCGCGCAUCGGGACCUGCGCCACUUUGAGUACUGUCCGACCGACUUGAAGUUUUACACGAAAACGUAUCAGUUUGGAUCGGUCGCGCGGUGCAUGCCUCCCUUCUUCGCAUCGCACCCAUCCGUCCAGAGAGGUAAUGGGUCGUCCCACCGCCUCCCGUCCAAGUAUGCCGUCAUGCUGCCGCCCACGACGGCGGGUGCGUCCACCGUAUAUGCCGAACCAAAGCCAUUCGGCCGGGGACAGUCCCAGCGCGACUUUGAGGACCAGCGCGCCGAGUUUUACGGGAUCGCGUUGACGUGCCAAGUGCCGCUGCGGAACGACAAGGCCGCGCAUGCGGCGCAGCGCGCGAUCGAGAUGGACGUGACCAACCCCGUGCUCAACACGCUCUCCCCCAGCGUGCGGACAUGGGUGCAGCGCCGUCUGUACAACACUGUAUUCCAGCCACUGUCGGCGCGCCAUCGCGUCACGGUGCUGUUUCGGCACAUGCGGUAUACCCACGCGAGCGGCGGCAUCAUGUUCAACACGACCGGCGUGUGCCACACCUACGCCAAGGCGCUGGCCGAUCGGUUUGCCAUUCCCGCGUCGACGCCCGCAUCCUCCAAACGGCUGCCAUGCGUCGCGAUUCCGCCAGAGUCGUGGAGGGACCUCCAGAAGUCGAUCGUGUCGCACGUGUACGCGAUGUAUCAUUCGAUGGAAGAUGCAGAAACUGCCGUCCACAUGCACGUCGACGACCAUGGGUGGCCGGGAUGCAUCGUGCAAGAUGCCUACUUUCUCCCACCGCCAUCCGCGCCUCGGCAAGCGCUGCGUGACAUCGAGUCACAUGCACAGCCAUCCGACGCGUCCAUCUUGACAGCGCCACCAUCGCACACAGCGUCGCCGAUGUACCCGCCACUGCCGCCAGAACCUGCAACGACGCGCGUGGCGUCGUCCCGACGGACGUACGAAUCUCGAUGGAACCGCGCGCCGCGACGCGCUCCAUCCCCUCCAUCUUUGCAAGCGGAGAAUGAAGAAAUCGCCGUGCCUAAUACACAGACGCCUCGAGCCAGUCGAGACGAGCGCAAGGACGGUCGAAGCCAUGCGGAAAGCUUUGAAGAUGGAGAAGUCGCGGGAAACCAUCUUGCCCCAUCGGGACGGGCGCUGAAUCCCGUCGACGACGUCUUGGAGGACAAGGUGGUGGCGACAGCCAUGCCAUCUGGACCAAACGAUCGAUGGAGUGACCAGAAGGACGAGCCGGAGAAGGAAGACCGACGGCAUCGAUCGAGGGAUCGAUCAAGCAACCGCCGCUCCUCGCAAUGGACACCGCCACUCCCUCGAAACGGCGGCUCAAGCCCACGUCCCUCGCUAGAUAAUGCCCGGGCCCCUCCUGAAUCACUGUCGAACUGCCGCCGAUCGACGGAGCGAACGCAUGGCGCCUUCUCCGGACGGGACCCUGUGGGACGGCAUUCCCGGCGAAGUGCCGAGAGACCUUUAAGCUUUGCCAACGGCGAAAGACCUCAUGCGCGCCGCGGCAGCCGGUCUCCGGACCGACGCCAACAUCAUGCAGGUCCCCGCGGACGGAGUCGAGACCGAUCAGGACGCGCUUUGACCGUCGUGCUAGUGUCGUGCCCAGGCAUGGUCCGCGACGAGCAACUCCUCCGAUCCUUUCUCCGCGAGUGUGGCCACGUGGACAACAUUGAGUGGCGGUUGACGACACCUGGCAAAGAGUUUGCAUAUGUGACGUUCCACUCGGCCAGUGCCGCGGCGAUUGCAGUGCGGCAGAAGGAUCGAGCGCUCCUGGGCAACGUUCCUGUCCGCGUCGAGUUUCCACGUGGCCGCGGCUCCGGUCCACCGCAACGAUGAAAUAACUUAACCAUACCGUCGGCAUGCUGCGUCGACUUGCAGCCACCAUCCAUCCUUGGCGACUCUGUCCUUCAACAGUAUCCAGACAUGG